AUGCUGCGCAAGGCCACCCCACCCCCACCCCAAAGUAGAAAAAGGGCCGUGAGUGACUCCCGUGAUAAAAAAUCAGGUAUGUUUGGGCCAUGAUGGAGAUGACUGCGAGGACAUGCAUACAAAAUAGUUGAUGAUUUUGCAAACAUUUUAUUUCUGAAAACAACGUUAAUUCAAAAAGUUGAUACCACCAGUGGCGUCCACAGUGGUGUGCAUUUGUUCCUUUUUUAAACACAUAUAACUUUUAAUCUAUGUUCAAAUGGUCACAUAAAGCAACAGGAAGCUGGCUUCGGCUUACCAUCACACUUUAAACAAGGACACUGCCUCUAAAAGGGAUAGCUCCUCACACUCUUUGUCACGCAACUGCUGCUUCCAAGACUAUAAUCAAUAUGGUGGGCUAUGUGAGCAAGGAGACUGGAGCCAGUGAUAUUGUUCCCAGAUAUCUUGUCCAAGUCCUCCCUUUAUUCCCAGCCACGUUUACUAAAUUUAGCCUAACAAAGUUAGGUAAACCCCUGUCUUACGUUAUUUCUUUUCGAAUGCAAGAAAUUCGUGUAUUUCCGACCUUGAAAAUUUGAAUUUGGCGACUCCUCACCUAGGCUCCUCGCGCUCGUCUUUUUCUUUCACUGAGUCUUCAGUCCUCUAAAAUAAGGUUUUUCUAGUUUAGUCAUGCUCAAAGGCUUAUUUUGAUCGUUUGCCAUUCUCGUCCCCAGAACCACUCGGCUUAAUUUGUAAUCGCCCCUCGUUUCAAGACCACGUGAACAAGAAACGACGGACUCUGGGGACGAGAAUGUCGGUAGCGGAAGUGAAAACGGUAAGUUAUCAUCGCUCGUCCUCCUCCUUGAAUCGACGUGGUCGCUUUUUUUGUAAGUUUUUCGUUUCGCAAUGGCCACUUUUACAACAAAGAAAGCGAAAGUAACAGAUCGACGAGCGAGGAUUACUGAUAGUAUCCGACUGUAAGUGGAGGCUGAAAGUGAAGGCCGUUUGCAAAGCGUCAAAUCUUAACUCCAGCACGUCAGAAGUGUCCUUUCUAUAAACAGCCGGACUCCAAUGGGUAUUAAAUCUGUUAAUGAUGGAGUCUGAGCAAAGAGGCAUGGCCAGUGAGACCCCUUUAUUUUCUUUGCCAAGUCAAAUUCGAUGCGACAACUUAACACACCAAAUACUUGCGAUGUUGCGAUUCAAACGGAUAUCCCUCCUCCGUAUGUGUUGGCUAGUGGGGAAAAUACUACUGGCUGUUUUGACAUUCACACACCCCGUAAACCGGUGGAAGACUACUUUGUUGCUUUACAUGACGCCUUACAGCAUCUUGUGACCACUCUGGCUCUUUACGACGGGAAUUGUCCUCUGUGAGGCUUUACUUUAGAUAUGCAAUCGCUUACCGUCAGACAGCACGGACAUGCCGCUCGCACGGAUAAGCAUCUCCUGCAUCGCUGGUCAUUGUGUUCGAUGGUAUUCGAUGGUAUAGCUGGAAAAUUUACAGCUAGUCUAAGGUUCUGUACUUAUAUUUUGUUCCCAUUUUUGAAUUUCAUGUUAUUUUAGAAUAUUACAAAUACUUACUCGAGUUUUCCUUGCUUAUUUAGGAUAGUUUACGCUCUGGUCUAACAGAGACCCAAUACAUAAAUUCCUGUAAGGCAUCUCGCAUUGACUAAUGUGGAACAACAAUAUAUAUUCACUGGUAAUAUAAUUUGCUGAAUUAUUUUGAGUUGAUAUUAUAAACAACCUGCGUAGCCAAAUGUCAGUUGUAGUUAAUUUAGAAAGUAAAAAUAAAUUAAUAAAUAAAUAAAAAUUACCUGAGAUAAAAAAAACUAACUACAACAAAGUGUAAAAUCUUUUCUUAUAUUGUUUUGAUUGUUCCAUAUGUCAUAUCAGUACUUUCUUUUUCUUUCUAAGAGAUUAAACUUGGCACUUUGCUUUGUACAUUGUACUUUUCCUGAAUUUCCGUAAGCAUAUCCUUUCGAUGGUCACGAGAUUUCAAUUGAUAACCUCAUUGAAGGAUUCACUGUAUCAUAUUGCAACUACUUAUAAGCGACGCAACAAAAUACACAAAAUUAGUAAUUAUUUGACUAAAUUUGGCGGAAGAAGCAGGUUAUUACUGUUCCCAAAGAAAUAAUAGAAAUGAAUCCUGUGUGAGAUUUUGACGCUGAUGCUAGGUUCCAAGGUUCAAGUUAGGUCAAGCAGACUAUACUAUUAAACAACAGAAGACAAGUAAGAGUCUACUCUGCACUAACGAAACGUUUUGUAUACGUAUCCGGUUCGAGCGCUUUCCCUAUUGUUAAUUAGACCAAACCCUAGCUCAAGUCUAGAUUAUUGCCCUUCAGUUUCUUAGUCAGUUAGUAGUUAAUAACUGGCAAAACACGGUCAGGAUCGAGCCCAUAACCCGGAGCGAGCAACUUCCAUGCAAGGCCUAUUUCACGGCGUUUUUACGAACGGGUUUAUUUUUAGACACAUUUUAGGGCUCUUUUUCCCGCAAAAAUAGAAUCUUCAACAUGUCUAUGAGCGCAUUUGAAGUAUAAGAUAUCAAAAAGGAAAACUAAAAACGUCAAUAAAAGGCAAAAUAUAUCAUAGUUAGGUCUGUUGGUUUUGCUGACUGGUUUGUGGAAUUUAAAAAUAUUCAAAAUUCGCGCCGAAACCGUAGCCCGGCUAAAAGUAAACUCAAGUCCGUGAAAACGCCUAGACACAAACUUAUGGAAGUUGCACGCUCCGGUUUAUGGGCUCCUCGUAAAACAUACACCCGAGGGCACAUAUUUUAGUGCCAGUUUAUUAAAAGAGCAAGGGGAAUGUGCCAUUUUCGGGCGGAAAUGAUGUGACAUUCAGCAUUUUUAAAAUACGAACAACAGCAACAACAACAAAUAAUAAAAGAUAAGAUAAGAUAGAACAGAAUUGAAGUGUCUGAUAUUUAUUGAUUGACACCCGAUUGAAAUUAAAGACAAAGACAAAGAGAAAACUGAGAAGUACCGGGACCUGAACCAGGAGUCGAAACGGAUUUGGAAAUUGCGCCUACUCUGAGGUUUUUUUAAAGUUUUUUUCCUAGACGAUAAAACAUCAGCACUUAACGUUUUCAGUAGCUAUUUGUUUAUCCCUUGGGAACAUUUUGAGAUAAGUUGAGUGAUGUUCAGUUUCUAUGGUUACGAGAUACGACGUCAUUACUAGCAGGUGAUCAAGUCUUUGAGUGAAAAUGCAUGUUUUUGGAACUUCUUUUAACAAUGAAAGUAAAGCAUGUGGAUAAAAUGAUGCUUAUUUAUGUGUUAUUUUUCAUGUCAAGCACAAAACAUUACCAUUUAUCCCGGUUUUAAUCUGAUUUCUUAUUCUAGGUAACAUCCAAGAUGGCGUAAAACUGGCGACCAUUGUUGCUGACGUCACAGGCCUCCAACAGCGCCACCACUCAUCCUCAUCUUGUUGAGAAGAUGAAAGGCUUUCCACUGAAGGCAAAAUCGUUUCGAAAUACUGCAACAUAUCAAAAAUUCUGGGGAGGGCUUCCAUUUGCUUGUACGUCCGAGGGUUAAAUCAUAGUUAGUAGAGGUCGUAGAGGAGACUAAUUAUAAGAGGCGGCAAACAUCAAAAUUAUAAACAAGAGCGCUGCAGUUUAUGUUGGGAGCCCUCAGUCGGACGUUGAGUACCUUCAAGUCGACAAAAACAUAUAACUAAGGAGUCUGCUGGGCUCCAUAAAAUUUAGCCUAGACAUCUAGGUAGUCUCCUAUUUUUCCUACGCAAGGCACCAACGACGAGGUUGGCAAGGCAGGCGAGCCACGGGACACGCGCUCGCUUGUCGCGCCUCGCGACUUCGCGACUUCCCUUCUCGCGUGUUACGCCUGCCUCCCGGUAUACGCAGUCAGUAGCCCAUUUGUGGGUACAAGUGUAAAAGGCUCCUGUAAGAGGCCAGUUCGAAUUGUUAAAAUUCAUACUUGGCCCUAAGGCGAAAAUAUGACAAAAGAAAUGGCAUUAAAAUCCAGGGGUUAAUAAUUAAUUUAUUUUGCAUUAUUUCCCUCAACCUUUUUGGAGCCAAGCCGAGCCAAGCACGAAUUCUAACAAUUCGAACUUGAAUGUCACAGUGCUUCUCAGCCAAUUAGAGCAAAGUAGGAUGAGCUGGGCAAUAAACGAAUUUCACGCAGUAGUCAGUACGCCGGUGACAACAAAGAAAUGAACCAAAAAAACGAACGCGCAAAAUUCUUACGCUUAUCAAACCCUAUUGCUUUUUUGACGUUCGCUUUGUUCUUGUCUCCAUUAGCUCUAGCCUUGGCUCUGGGUUGAUCGGCAUAGAACACGACAAGAACUUAAAUUUUGGUAUCGAAGGGCAACAGGUGCACAUCCGGUCAUAAAUAGUGAUAAUAAUGACAUAAUUAACCUGUUAAAAAAAAACUUUUAGCUGACAUUAAAUUAUACAUGUCAUACAGUAAAUUACAUUUCACUCAUUCGUUUUGUAAACCUUAAGUAGAUUAUACUAUUCGGCUCCUGUUGACCUGUAGAAUAGUCCAGCACCCCAUGCGGACAACUGAUUUGGCAAAUGAAAGUUUUGGCAUUUUAAUAAGCAAAAGCCUCUAUUAGGUUCGUGAUAAAAGUUUAUCAGGGGCACCCAACGAGGAUAUAGUUCAAAACCACUCAACAUAGCGUUGUUGAACCUAUUUUAGUAGUUAAACGGUAGAUAUAGGCAUAUUUUUAUCCCCUAAAAACUUUUCAUCUGUUCGGAUUUCCUAGCUGAAAGUCUAGUGAUCCGAAAAUAAUAGGGAUCAAAACUUACCUUUUCGAAAAUUUUAUGCCAGGAAAAGGUUUCCGAAAAUUCUAGGUGGCCUUUUUUAGGGUAAAUAUCCGUUUAAAAUGGGCAAUUAUACCGUUUUGUAGAUGUGCGAAAAUCCUAGGAGAGGCAGGCAAGCAAGAAGUUUUACAACAAAUGUUCCGAAAAUUCUAGUUCUCAAAUCGUCUUCCGAACAGAUAUUUUCCCGAAAAUUGCCGUUGGGUGCUCCUGGUUUAUAAAUUGAAGGUAAGGCUGAUCGGUUAACCAAGGGUUGGUUAUUUACAAAUUUAUUUACUCAAUAUUCCAAACGGGUAAAACUAGUCUUCAUCAGGCGCUAGAAAAGCUAAGUGAGAAUAGCCGAACGCUUACAGUAUUUAAAAUAAUUCAAAGGCAAAUAAUAAUAUAUAUAUUUUAAUUAUUUCACAGAAGUUCAGGUUCGUAUGGUGCAAGGACCACACUCAUCAGGCAAUUUUGACGACUGAACAAUUGCCUGAUGAGUGUGGUCCUUGCACCACACGAAACAGUUCCGUAGCAAUAAAACAAUGAUUACUCGUGAAACCUGAACUUCUGUGAAGUUAUAGCUGACGCUCCUCAAUCAAUUGAGUCGAGCGCUCUACGAAAUACUUUCUACUCAAAAAACGAAUUUAUAUUUUAUUUCUAUUUUUGUAUUAUUCUAUUCUCGACUUACUUAGCUUUUCUAGCCCUUGAUGAAGACUAGUUUUGUCUAGUCGAAAUAUUGAGCAAAUAAAUUUGUAAAUUAUUAACAUCAGCGUUGCCUCAAAUUUUAACUGUUAUCAGGAAAGAGUUUAUAUUGCUGAUCCUGAUCUACAACAUGCAAGAUCCUGCUUUCCCUCUCUGCUGUUUGUCCAAGUGGUCCGGCUUGCAAGAAUUGUUCGCACAUUCCUCCUAUCUCCCUCUUCCUCCCCUCUCUUCCGACUUUUUUUUCAUCGGAUCCCCGUUUCGCGUACGCUGGGUGCCAGAGGCUUUUCAUGCGCGGUUUCCAGUUUCGGUCAAGUCUUAAAAAGUGACACGCGCGAAGCUCCCCGUUGCUCGCGAGAAAAACCUCUGGUACCCAGGGUACAUUUCGCGCCAUUCUCUAUGCAUUCAGUAUGAUCUGUAGUCCGGAAGAGGCUGCCGAUGACACUACAUUGGCCUGUGACUGAGGCCUUUCCCUUCCCUUUCCUCGUUUUUUCCCCAAACAGAGAGCCUGUUCACAGGCUAACACUACAUAAGCUGUUCGGACCUGCUUUAGAGGUACCUCUAUACCUCCCCUUAAUAGACUGCUCACAGUCCCCCAUUUUUUCGUGAGAUCGUCGAGAUAUAGCGCGUCUUACCGUUAAAUGCGGCCAUCUUGAUUUGUACCGAGGAGUCGGACGUCGGGUAUUAUAGCUCUAGGGGGAGGGGGGCCAGGAAACUAGAGGGACUGUGAUAGUCCCUCUAUUUUUCUCGCUUCCUCCCAAACCGUUCCCGCACCCUAAGUAGUUUUGACACUCAUGCAAGAUAGCAGCCCGUAACGCAAAGCGCUCGAUCUCGACGAUCUUACAGAAGAAGAGAGGACUUUGAACAGUCUAUCCCCUUAAGGGCUCAUCGCACGCACCCGCCCUGCUGGGAUUGCAGCACAACUUGGAAUCCACGAGAACUAAGUCAGGGGGGAUUUCUCGAACAACCGGCUGGCUAACUAAUCAAGGGAUUGACAAAAUGUUUCGUUGUAUGGAGGUAUUUUUUCUACAUAUUUUCAGGAGCCGAUUACUGGUAAUCUGAUAUUUUACAUGUGCUAUUACUAGCCAUAGGCCGACAAUUAUUCCUUGAGCCCGAAAGGGCUCUGAGUCGAUAGCAGAGGCCGUGGGGGCGAGAGGAAAAAUUGUUUUAGUAAAAUCCAACUGGUUGGUAAAAAAUAUCGAGACAAAACAACUUUAGCUAGUUAAAGCUAGUCUUUAAUCCUUUUUGCUGCCAAAAAGCCGGUGUCACAGCGUUUUGGGCAUCCCCAUUCCCAAAUCCCUAGCGUUUUGGGCAUCCCCUUCUCAUAUUACUGCAGCGUUUUGGGCAUCCCCCGGUACCCUCCCGGGAUGCCCAAAUCCCUAGUGCUUUGGUCAUCCCCUCCAAAAAAUUUUGGAUUUCAGGGGAAAAUCGAAAACGUUUUAGAGAUAUCUUAAAAAGAAGGUUUAUCCGGAAAGCUUUACAAAGCAAGACAAAACGACUCAGCGAAAAUCUGCCAAAAAGUUCGAGUAUGACUCAAAAUUAGAGUCCUUGUUCUACGUGGCCAAGGAGAAGGGUGGCACAGUGCGUCGGAGAGCGCCACUCUGCUCCUUUUUCUGGACACGCCGGCCGCGAUAAUACUCUUACGAAAAUCAAAGAGCGGUUUUACUGGCCUGACUACUACAAGGACACGAUGGAAAUGGUUAGUUACAAAUUUUAUUUAUUUGCCAAUGCACCAUCUUGAUCGUGGUUUUUUAAGAUGCCCGCGUUGAUAAUCGAAAACAUACGCUAAAUUUCUUCUGUUUUCAGUGUUUUUUUGAAAGGGUGAGGCAUCUUUUGGUAGGUUGUCAAAGGGCAUUGUAAACCGGAGUCCUUCUUAUAGCUCCCGUUUGUUAUUAUUUUAUGUGAAGCCAAAGAUCAGAAGUUAUAUUUCUGAAGUGUAGCCUUGAACAUCAAUUUAUGUCACGCCGAAUGUCACGCCCGGUACAUCAGAAAUAUUUUCUUGUGGGCGCCAAUUCUAUCUUGGUUUUCACAUGACGUCACUAAAAUUCAAACUAAAAAACUAUCGAUCCUAGCUACCGAGAUUUUACUUUUACGAUGUAUAAGAGCAGCUGAAAACUAAUUUUCAUACAAAUUUUUGCUUCAAAAGGGUUCUUGGUUUUGUGAUAUUUCUAAGCUUUUGCGUGACGCGGCAUUUACAUGACGGCCAAGAGAGCUGUCAUCUAGGCUAAAAACAAGACUUAUUUCAGGAAAUUUCGCUAUCUAAACAGUUCAUGUAUUAGAAGAAGUAUUGCCUUAAUGUUUAUGAGUUACUCGAAGAAUAAAUUCACGCUCUUGUAGCAAAACUCGGUAACAGAUGUUUAUUUUGGUUUCCGUCCGCCAUGUUGGAGCUCAUCCAGGUGAGCACCAGGGUGGCGUCUCAAUAGUUUGGGUAAAACAUUUCUUCGGAUAUCUCUUAUACGAAAUAUUCAUCUGAUCUGAAUCUUGACGAGGGUCUUUGUAUAUGUACCUCCUUUCAUUUCCCAGGUUCUGGACUUUAUCUAUUGAACGGUUUUGAUUUUUAUUUUGAUCUAUUUUGAAUGGCGUGACAGUGAAAACCAGCAAAUUGUUUGACAGCCUUUCGUGUGUCAAGUAACGCUGUGGCGUUAAGUUGUACAGGUCUCAAAUGUCAUGCACACCAAUUCAACACCCCAAAACGCAGUUUUAUUCAUGUUUGUCUUUUGAUUGCUUUGUUUAGUAUUCUUGUUUUUGGCCGUUUGGAAUCAGACGAUCGCAGCUGCUGGCGAUUGCGGCAUUGCUCGCUUGUAAACAGGUCCAUUAAAUGAAAUUGAAGGUUUGCAAACAAUGAAGUGUUGUACAGCGAAGCGAUGUUAUGCGGUUGUAAAUUUCAGUUUCGUCAUGUUUUGAGCAAACGUUUACUGCCUAUGGUUUUUUUUUUCUACGCAAUAAACCCGGCGAAAAGUGUCAGACGAUAUAAUUCUAACAUGCAUCUACACUAUUCAGCCGUAAAUUCGUGAUUGACAAUCCCGACUUUUCCCCAGUCUGAAGUCGAAGCGAUCAGCGUUUUGGGCAUCCCCGGUGGGAUAUGGGUAUGGGGAUGCCCAAAACGCGGGGAUGCCCAAGCCCAUAUCACUGUGACACCGGCGUUUUGCGCUACUAGUGGGUUAUAACAUACAGACUAGUUGUAGCUCAACCAAUCAGAACUCAGCAUUGAUGAUAGACCACUAGUUGGAUUUUACUAAAGAAGAUAUCAUGCGUGAUAUCGAGGACUUCGUUGAACAGUGGCAUGGUUCGUUACACCGAGGUUCAACUGUACAUUGAUUUUACACUUACCGUCCCUACCUCCAACCCUACCCGUCCCUACUGAGUGGGAGAGGGUAAGAGAGAGAACUUGGGAACGAGGCCUCGGUCUCAGAGAUUUUUCGUGCGUGGUACGUGUCUUCAGAAAUCCGACACCGAAGUAUCCCGCCGCACGCGAGAGAAAGCCCUUGGUUACCAGUAGAGUACCCAACUAUCCAGGGUAUUUUACGUUGAACUCUAUAAAGCAAAGUAGUGGAGCGAGGCUUUGAAUUUAGUGUUUUCUUAAACCUUCUUAAUGACUAGGAUAAUGAAACGAGCAUUAGAACAUUAAAAAGCCGGAAUGGGCGAUAAGAACGGGGGUGGACACACACACCGGGGAAAAGUAACUCAAGUAAGUUACUUAUCGAUUGAUAAGUAACAUAAUAUAUAGAUUUAGCCAGGGCUAAAAGCGAGGCUCCCAUUAGUAAAUUUAUAAUUUAAAUUAAACAAUAAACUUGUAUUCGAAUUCCACAAUUCAGUUAACUUUAGAGCACAUUUAUGUGACUUUUGAGGGAAAGGCUACCUGAUUUUAGAGAAAAAUAAUUUGCAAACAGCCCAAGAGUGAACCAAAUCUUACAUCGAGUUGAUAGCCUCAUAUGUACACUCAAAAACUGGUAAUCAUCUUUUAUCACAUUUAAGAGCCGUAAUGGCUAUUGAUCACCGUAGAUCAAUUAGGCUUAGAAAAAAAUCAGGCCAACGUUUUGGCGUUCGACAAGUUUACUUUGCAAAAUCUUGCCAACAAAUCUGGGUGCGUGUAAACCAACCUUUUAUACCAUGGACAGAAAGCAGUAUUUCACAAUACAAAUUGCUCUCAUUCAAUAUUCAUAAACUGUUAAAAAAUUUUUCCAAAAUCACCUAUACGGCCAUCCGGUUCUCACUUUUUUGUAGUGCGAGCUGUAGCGAGUGUUUGAAUGAACAUUAACAGAGUUACGCUCCAAGAUAAUAAAGAAUUUAUCAUGUUUAUUUUUUAUUUGAUGGUUUAACGCGCGGCAUUUUGAGAACUCCUGCAAGCGAUGUUCACUGAACGACUGAAAACAAUCGGCAUAGCGAUUAAAAUUGCAAGAGAGACUACCAACAAUCAAUAAAAGAAAUAUAAUUCGGUGAAACAUAAACAGAGACAACAAUUUUCAUUCAGGAAGACAAGUAUUAAAGUGUCCCUAAAUAUCCUGAGUCUUCAAGCUUCAAGCUUAAGUUUGCUGAAGUUUAUGUUUUAAGCCAGCUUCCCGGUGUUUGUUUUUUCAAAGACGAACUCGAGGCAAGAAAAUCGCUCAAAGCUUUCUUUUCCAGCUAGAAUUAUAAUUAAAGAUUCUUUGGAACAUUUUCUUUCUAUUUGCGGUGAGAAACUGUCUAAAGGCUUUUUAAAGUUCUGUAAGAUUAUAUCAAACCAGAUACUCGGUGAGAUCGUUGUCUCAAAACUUACAAACGCGCAUAAACUAAAUUCUCGCAUAAACUACGCUCCACUUCAUUAAAUUAGAUACAAAAAACAAACAUGAAAUACAAUAAUUUCUCUGGCUUACCAUUCGAGAUGCAGCUCCUGAAAGUUAUCAGGUAAAGCCAGUAUCGCUUCAGACUUUGCAAUCCUCUUACGCAUCAAGCAAGGUGAAAACGAAAACGAUGCCAUCCGAAAUCGGAUUUCCGACUUUGACAAGCGACGUUUUCUCAACCAAAAACCCAAUAAACAAACUAGCCAUGAGUAACAGAAGACUCCUGAUAGCAGCUGAAUUUCAUUUUGUACAUCCAGUGGAAAAAGACAGUUAAAAACAUCACAAGUUGACACAAAACUCUGUAAGCUUCAGCUAUUAAAGUAAACAAGAUUCAAGAUGCUGCAUAAAUUUUGCGCAUGAACUCACAUGUCAAAUUUUGACCAAUCAGAGCAUAAAAAUUGGACGUAGAGCGUGACCAACGCGUGACCAUUGUGAGAAAAAACAAAAGCAACUGUCUUCCCUGCCUGUAACAGCUGGCUGAAUUUUCACGUCUGAGGUCAGUUUGCAAUCAAAAUUUUAAUUGUGCAGCACAUAAACACAACAUAUUUCAUAUGAAUUAAGAAAAAAAUUGAACUUGAGCCUGCGAUCACUUGAAAACUAGUUUACUUGUCAGCGGAUAACUUCAAAAAAUACUUGACCUCGACGGGUCGACACCUGAGCCCGCGAUACGGUCAAGUGAUACUGGUCAGCGGGUACUCUGUUUUGACAGCUGUCAAUUGAUCAAAACAUUGAUGUCCAAUAUGUGUGCAUUAUCAGUUUUCCUGUGCUCCCAAACUAGUAAAAGUAUGAGAUUGAACGUUGUUCGCGAUCUAGUAAAACAGUUAACUGGUCAGCGGACAGCUUCCAAAUAAAUCACGUCACCUCGAUGAGUUGACACAUGAGCCCGCGAUAUGGUCAUGGGAUACUGGUCAGUGGCUAUCCUGUUUGGACAGCUGUCAAUUAACCAUAUUGUUAAUGUCCUAUAUUAAAGAUGUGGGCUUGCCAAGACACGCCUGAGACACCCCUCCCUUCCUUUUGAUAGUCUCCCCUACCCCACCCAUACAAUCUGUAGACGCGUACGUACGUACGUACGUACGUACGCUCGGUCAAUCACGUGACAACCAAACGAAAAGAGGUUGACCAUAUUCCAUGGGUAUGGGGCUCUGUCCCACGCGCGCUUCGCGCGCGCGGGAGCCCCGCUAUAAUGGCUUUAGCAAAUGACCUUUGUCAUCUCCUUUCAAGGUUAUUGUCACGAAUAUAAGAACAAAGCUCAAGUCUUCAGUUGCGUGGUGUUUGCAGACACGUGCAAGGAAACGGAAGUUGGGGAUUGACAAAGGAGUAAACAAAACUGUCUAUCCCUAAGAAACGCAAAGCUACAAAGGAAGCAUCGCACACUAAAACGUAUAUGACCUAUCAGGUUCGGUAAAUCUAUUUUAAAAGUUGACCACAGCACCACUCCCAAACUUAUAAAUCCCUGACAACGGCUUUGUUUUCACGAUAGUCAUAAAUAUCCGUAGAACAUGUAGCUGAAGGACUAGAUAGGAUCUGUGCUACAGCCAGCCUGUACCAGUGUGCUGUCUACUCGGCUGGCCUGCUAGUCUUUUUCCCUACUAAGUAAAUUUUUUUUAGAAAACUAGAAAAAACAAAUCCAGGUGCACUGCCCAGUAAGGCAAAAUUUUAGUUUCUAACCUCGGCGAAACGAGAACUUGUCAGGUUUUUCUUACAAAUAGUACAACUCAACCAUAAGAAACAUUUGGAGAGCAUUUCUCGAUAUCAAGACAAACAUGGCAAGCCAAAGUAUAAUACCCAGGCGUUUCCUUGACCCAGCCUUCCUCGAGCUCAAUAAUUUUUGGCUUUUUUCCUCUUUUUUGCCCAACCAACGUAAUGGCAAACGAAAUUUUAUACGGAUGGCGGUUAUCACGCCGAUCCAAACUUGAGGAGAUGGAUGCUUUAGACGCCCUCGAAAUUCUCCCAGGUUACAAAGCGCAAUUUAUGCCUAAUUUGACAGGUUCUUACUAAAUUUAAAUUAAAGAGGAAAAAAUCGAUCCUUUCUAUUCGAAACUAAAGUUGGAAAUAUUUCAAAUCCCUUUGCAAUGCAAACUUCCCCUAUCUCUGGCGCAUCGUUCAUCAUUGCCAUGUCGUGUAUUCGAAAAACUCAAAGUGCACACACCAUGUCCUACUUCAUCUGUCAAUCAACUGUUUGAGUUAAUCCAUGCCAGCGCCUAAGACCACGUGGUGGAAGUCUAGUAAAACUAAUCUUUGUUGCUUCUUAUUUACAGACUUCUACUGAUUUAUGUUUUUAGCACUUUCGUAAUGAUCAAAUGAAAUCACUAAAUCGCUUCAACACAUCCACUUUUUAAUGGCCUUUUAAGAAUCUUUUAAAUGAGAAAAGGCAUGAGCUCAGGAGCCCGGGUAAGUGACACAUUCCUAAUGCCUUACGUAAGCGACGAUAACAAAACAAAUCACGUGAAUAUCAUGUGCCUCGCCUUUCAGUCAAAUAGGAAAUGCUGCCAUAAAGUCAGGUCUCUCGUUGAAGGCGUUGGUGCAGCGAAGUUUGUGUCUCCAAAGUUUGAAUCGUUCAUUCCGAAAAAAACUUACAUCUCGAGGUAAGUCCGUCCACCCUAUACUAGUAAGGAACUGGGCUGCGCAAAAAAAUCGGCAUACAACAUUCAAUAAUGUAAAAGAUCAUCAUUUUUAAUGUUCAUCGUUCGAUUAAGAGAGUGACCGAUCUGAGGCCGCCGCCUUGUUUUACUCCUUUUAACUUGUGAAUACAAUCUGUGCACCAGUACUACGCUUAUAUUCUGUUAUAUUUCAGUUUCUUAGUAAGCUUUAAAGCUCUGUUAAUUUAAUUUUUCAUCAUGUUGUGCUUAUCUUAAAAUAAUUAAGAUUUUGUCGAUGCAACUUUUGGGGGACGUGGCUGUUAUAUAUUGAGUUGAUCCCUCCAUUUUGGAUCCAACGCAACAUUCACAUGCCGUGAAAUAAACUGCAGUGAUUUUUGUUGAACAAAAAAGGACUUUUACAAUGCCGAAUAGUAAGGUUAAUUUCUUGCUGUGGACGGCACACUGUUGAUUACGAAAUCAGCAUGGCAGCCACAAGCAGUGCGCCUUAUAAUAACUCCGCGUGAUUUUACUACAGCAUGAGAAUGAUGUGAUCACUUUGUUUUGUAUUGUUGAGUCAAUUAAGCGAUACCUAAACGGAACUACAGUCGCUUUGUUAACUGUAGCCACUUUUUUCUCGUCCAGUGGAGCGCGAAAUUACCCAGUAUUUAGCGCUGUUUAAUAUUGACGAGCGAUGAACGCCCGACAAGAUCCAUGGUAUGGUCGCGGAACAACACCCUAAAAACCGCUUAACUCCAUGUGAAAGUUCACACGAUUACACCAUUUUAUAUAAACCAAGCUUGAAAUAGAAAUGAUGCCCUCUUUUUCGAAAUGCGUUCGCUCAUCUUAAUCCUUCUGUACGUGUUAAAACGCGCGCUGGAUGUUGAUCACGAUUUCUUUAUUUAUUCUUUACUGAAACCAUGUCCGUUAUUUCAUUUGACCAUAAAGUCGAUCGACUUACGUGCAUAUACAAAGUCGAAAUGCUUCUCAUUUUCCUCAUAAACUGAGCCUUGUUCGCUAAGUCGAAGGAAACGUUUGCAAUUUGCUUUCCUUGGUCCAUUUAGCAAUUGAAGUCUGGUUAAUUUCGGGCGCGCGCGAGAAAAAAUAGAUGUUUUAACUGAAAACCAUCCGUUGCCAAUAUAGUUUCGUAAUACUAGUGCUUAAUUAUUGAUGUUGUACUAGUUUGAAAUGUAACUAAGAGGUAGACACGUCCAUAAUUAUUUAAUAUAAUAUAUUACAGGAGUGGACAUGUACACUGUUCAUCGAUAGCAUUAUUCGUGAACCUUAUUUGCCUAUCAAUGUUUCACUUUUCAAUUCGCUGAACGUGUUUCACAAUCGAAGGAAGCUAAGGCCAGUCCUUUGUAUUACUUCAGCCGUAUGCACGUGCCGAGAACAAAACUUUGUAAAAUACGCAAGUAUCAUAAGUGACCUCGGUUUGUCAAACGCAUUGUUUCAUAUCGAAAGCAAACGUUAAUUAAAACAAAGCCCCUGUCGUGGCUAGCGACAUGUAGUUCGUAAAAUUUUAGACAUUUCCUCGUUGGCAUUCUUCCUACGAACAAUUUAUUAUUGGCAGCUUCUGAUCAAGGUAUACUGGUAUAAAGAGAGCUCGGAAACCUUCACAGAUAUGAGGAAUGAAGUUACCGGAGAAAUAGAAAUUAUUUCACCGCGUGGAGGUUUUGAAUUCCAGUCAUCUUUUUUCCUUGAAAUGCCGGAAAUCGGCGUCCCUUUCUGAUUGAUGUGAACUUCGCACUCAAGCCUAUCUGACGUUGUUCGUGAAAUAUGUUAAGCUGUUAAUUCAAGCGAUAGGUUUUCUUUUUUAUUUAUGAGAGCAUGAACAUUAAUUUAAAUAAAAAAGUGAGAGCCUGAUUGUAGAAAAAUGAACACUGUGGACUAUGGUUAAGAAACAAUUUUCAUAAUAGGUAAGGGAAAGAUGAGAAAUUUACGCAUCAAACCCCUUGCCAUCUCUUAAUAAAAUUUCUAAGCUAACACAACAUUUUACUAUUGAUCUUGUUAUUCAAUGAUAUACCAAUAAAAUUGGGUUAUUCCAGAAAAAAUCCACAUCCGCACGAUAAAAGGCACCCCCCAUCCACCUGGAUUUCCAAAACUGCUUGAGCCCCCCCUCAGGAUUUCCAAGUUCAAAGACCCCCCCACCCGUAUGGAUUUGCACAAAAUUGUUAGACACUGUGAUUUUACUUUAACUCACUUACAUGAUCUUUUUAUUAGACAAGUUUCAAUUUUCUGUGAAUUUUGCGUUUGUUGGGCACGUUAAGAUUCCAUUUUCACAUCUUCUUAAACAGGCUUACACUGUUUGCAAAUAAGGUCAUAUUUCAGUGAACUUCUCUUUUUUUCUAGAACAGGCAAAAUAUACAGCAAUAUAUACUACAAUAAAGCUCAAACCUAAAUAUUUUCUUGAAUAUUAAAUGGUUCUCUUCUUUGUCAAUAAAAAAUGACUGUGAAAGAAAGAAAAAGGACACUUGCCGGAAUAUUUCAUGAUGCCCCGUAUCACUUGCCUUUCGAAAUGGCCGCCAAACAAUCAUGAACAACCACGCUUACAAAAUGUACUUGUAAGGUCUGUUUAGUGGUAGAUCACCCUGAAAUAGUAUUAACCUUGGAAAAAUGUAUAAUUCAAGGUAAAAUCAUUGUUUACUUAACUUAAACUGAGCGCUUUUUAUGAAUUAUGUGAUUUUCUUGAUAUCUUCAAGUUAUCGCUCGUCGUUUCUACAAAAGUAAGGAAGGCAAACCUAUGGAUGGAAACUUAAAGUAAAGGUGGUGAGAGGUCUGUAGUUUGAAAGAAUAAUAAAAUUUGAAAAGGCAAAGCAAUUUUUUGAAAACUUAUCGAUAGAAGUGUUUAAAACAUCGAUGAAAUUGAAAGUUACCCCCAAGGAUGUAUUUUUAGGUUCAGAGCCCCCCUCCCCUCUGGAUUUCCAGAGCCGUUAACACCCCCCCCCUCCCCUGAGAUUUUCCAGCAUGCCUUCCGUCAUGAAGGUGUGGAUUUUUCUGGAAUAACCCAUUGUCUGUUUUUUGUUUAUCUUUGUGCACCAAAAAUAAGAGUUUCAUUUUGUUCUUAGAUGGAGAAAAUCAUCAUUUUGUCAUUUGUUCUUCUUGCUUGU